AUGGCUGAAGAGCAGCAAACCUCUCGCUUCAAGCGCCGCAAGAUGGCGCCCACCGACGAGAACAAUGAUCGCAAGAACCCGUAUCUGGCGCAUAUGUACGGAGGCGACACCGAUUCGCAACACGAUUCUGGCGUGUCCAUAAGCGAUGGCGCAAGUCUGAACGGAUUUUCGAAUGGUGGCAGCAGUAAUGGGCUGAAGUUGAAGAGACAUGCGACGACUGCGAAGGAUGCGAAGGUGGCGGAGGAUGGACCACACAACUACUUCAAGCCCCAGUCACAACUGUCCGACCGGUACUUUGGCAUAUUGAAGACUCGACGGGGUCUGCCCGUCCAUGCGCAGAGGCAGGAAUUCUUGGACAUGUACCAGAAGACGCAGAUUCUGGUCUUCGUCGGCGAGACUGGUUCCGGAAAGACUACACAAAUCCCCCAAUUUGUGCUAUUCGAUGAUCUGCCACAAUCACAAGCGAAGAUGGUUGCUUGUACUCAGCCUCGUCGAGUCGCUGCCAUGUCCGUUGCUCAGCGUGUCGCACAAGAGAUGGAUGUGACGUUGGGCGAGGAGGUCGGUUACAGCAUCCGUUUCGAGGACAUGACCGGACCGAAGACUAUCCUUAAGUACAUGACGGAUGGUAUGCUGUUGCGGGAGGCCAUGAACGAUCAUAACCUCACACGAUACAGCACGAUCAUCCUGGACGAGGCUCACGAACGUACACUGGCUACCGAUAUCCUUAUGGGACUACUGAAGGAGGUGGUCACAAGACGGCCUGAUCUGAAGCUGAUCAUCAUGUCUGCAACACUUGAUGCGCAGAAAUUCCAGAAAUAUUUCCUCAACGCACCACUACUUGCUGUACCUGGUCGAACACAUCCCGUCGAGAUCUUCUACACACCGGAGCCGGAACGUGAUUAUGUUGAGGCAGCGCUACGCACCGUCUUGCAAAUCCACGCUACGGAGCCAGAAGGCGACGUUCUCCUAUUCUUGACUGGCGAAGAAGAAAUCGAGGACGCUUGCCGUAAGAUUAAUCUUGAAGCCGACGACAUGAUACGCGAAGCAGAUGCUGGCCCUCUAAAAGUCUACCCGCUAUAUGGUUCACUGCCACCGGCACAACAACAACGUAUUUUCGAUGCCGCACCAGCGUCUUUCAAGCCCGGUGGCCGACCUGGCCGCAAAGUUAUCGUCUCCACAAACAUCGCAGAAACAUCCCUGACCAUCGAUGGUAUCGUCUACGUGGUGGAUCCCGGCUUCAGCAAACAGAAGGUGUACAAUCCGCGUAUCCGUGUCGAGUCUCUUCUCGUUUCGCCGAUCAGCAAGGCUUCCGCUCAGCAGCGUGCUGGUCGUGCUGGUCGUACACGACCUGGAAAAUGCUUCCGGUUGUAUACCGAAGGUGCUUUCAAGAAGGAGCUCAUUGACCAGUCGUACCCAGAGAUUCUUCGCUCGAAUCUUGCUAGCACCGUGCUUGAGCUGAAGAAACUUGGCAUAGACGAUCUGGUCCAUUUCGACUUGAUGGAUCCGCCGGCUCCCGAGACGCUCAUGCGUGCGUUAGAAGAGCUCAAUUACCUGGCAUGUCUAGACGACGAGGGCGAGUUGACCGCGCUUGGGAAGCUGGCCUCCGACUUUCCACUCGAUCCUGCGCUGGCUGUCAUGCUCAUCUCAUCACCCGAAUUCUACUGCAGCAACGAGAUUCUUUCACUUACUGCACUACUCAGUGUGCCACAAGUCUUCGUCCGACCAGCCGCGGCUCGUAAGAGGGCCGACGAGAUGAAGGAGCUCUUUACGCACACCGAUGGCGACCAUCUAACCAUGCUGAAUGUCUACCACGCUUUCAAGUCCCCAUCUGCUCAAGAGAACUCUAAGCAGUGGUGUCACGACCACUUCCUGUCGUUCCGAGCACUACAGCAGGCGGACAAUGUUCGUUUACAGCUCAAGCGCAUAAUGGAGCGCGAGGAAGUCGAGCUCGUCAGCACGCCAUUCGAAGACAAGAAGUACUACGAGAACAUCCGUCGAGCACUCGUCGCAGGAUUCUUCAUGCAAGUCGCGAAGCGCGAAAGCAGCGGCAAGACUUAUGUCACCGUCAAGGAUGAUCAGUCCGUUCUUCUGCAUCCCAGUACGGUAUUGGGACAGGACUCGGAAUGGGUCGUGUACAACGAAUUUGUGUUGACGUCCAAGAACUAUAUCCGGACUGUCACGGCUGUGAAGCCGGAGUGGUUACUUGAAAUCUCGCCGAAUUAUUAUGAUGUCGACUCUUUCAAGAAGGGAGAUGUGAAGACCAGUCUGCAAAGAGUGAGGGAUCGGGAGAGCAGACGAGCCGCGGUAAAGGGUGGAGGUAGCGGAAGCAGAAGAUGA